GUGAUCAGUAGCGUGCCCAGUUUUUCCAUAUUCGGUCCAGAGACACAAGAAAAAUUUCAGGAAGAGCAAGUAGAAAAUGGAAGUGACCGAAUUGUGUUUGAGAUGAGGAAAGAACCUGAAAAGCAAGGAACAGUGGAACAAGGACAUAAGGAUAGUGGUGGACUAGUCAGAAGUGAAGAGAAAGAUGGUAAUGAUUCUUCUCAUAGAACAGAAGUUAGCAAAGCUGGGAACAUGGAAGAAGAAGGGGGGACCAACAACAAAAAAAUGAAGAACAGAAUAGCGGUGUGCAAGAAACUGAUACUAGAAGGGUGCAUAUUCAGGAAG